AUGGGGGUGGUGGUGGGGAGAGGGCUUGGAGUUGCGAAGCUUGAGAAGAUAUUGAGAGAACAGAAGGAUAAGGAAGAGAACAAGGUGGCUGUUGCAGAAUUCUCUUCACGCUUGCUUUCUGCUCUUCCUCGGCAGUAUCAGCCUCCGUCUUCCUCUUUCCUCUGUCCAGUGCUGCCUCCGGUGACUGCACCGCCUCCCAUGACAAUGAUGAGUCUCUCUUCUUCGACUACUUCUGCUAUGCAUGUUCCUUUAACCCAGACAUCUGUCCCAUUUGGCCCAUCUCCCUUUCCAGCGCCAGUCCUUUAUGGUAAUGCCGGCAUGAAUUCAACUAGUGGGGUUGGUGUUGGUGGUGGCAGUGGUGUCUUUGGUGAGCCAGCCACGGCUGUGCCGGGGUGUGGCUGUUUUCCCAGUUCUUGCGAGUCAAGUCUUCAUGGGGAUCCUAGGAUUGAAUCUAAUAGAAUGAAUACUGCCCCUCUUGUGCUGCAAAGAGAACAAUAUCCAUACCCAUCUCCAACGAUGAAUCCUUCUCCGUUGUCUGCCGCUUGGUCAACCUCGUUUCCAGCGGGACGAAAUCAUCAAAUAGAGCACCCUUCAAACCAAAGGCCUUAUGCCAACUACAAUUUCAUAAGGCCAGAGGAACAGAAGGCAUGUGCCAUUUUCCCCACUGCCCUUCGUUUUGGACCUUCUCUUCUUCUCUUUGCUGAUUCUAGUUGA